UUAACAGCAACAGAUAUCAGAUUGUAAACAGUAGCGACAGCGAUAGUGGAUACGAAGAUGCGGAUGACAUUGACAAUUUAAAAAAUAAUUUGUUUGUAAUGACUAAUCGUUUGGACGCUCUCGGUCGAGAUUACAUAACAAUCGAAGAUCGUGUUUUUAUAUUGGAAAAACGUAUCGAAACAGUAGAACGAACAUGCAUAUGAAUGUCAACGUGUGUUAUUUAACCAAAAUGCUGACAAACAAAAUAAAAUAAAUUAACUGAUAUUGUACUACAAAUAUAGUUACAUUUUUACAAAUGUAGAAACUGUACUAUACUAAUACACUAAUAGAUUUUUCAAAAAAUCUAAGAGAAUUGUAGUAUUUAUACGUGUUGAUAUCUACCAAAAAAAUCAGACCAUGAUAAUUUUUUAUACAAAGUUAACAAAAUGUUUUUUUUUUUUGGUCGUGUUUUUUACACACAAAUCAUUUUGGUUCGUGUUAAGGUCCUUCUAAAAUUAAUUUGCUCAGUUUAAUCAUUCCCCUGUUUAUGACUUACGUUGUUGUUCGGUGUACGGUCAUACAUUUACAAUCGAAGUGUAUUUGAUCCAAAAUGGAUAGUGGAAAAGAAACGUAUAAUGCGUAUGAAAAUCGUCUCAAUGAAAAUUCAGGAUAUGAUGUUUGUGGAUUUUACUGUUCGACGUCUAAUGAUCAGCAGACUAGAAUUAAACUCCCUAAACACAAAGAGUUUGCCGAUUAUAACACUCGUUUAAAGACUUUUGAAAACUGUCCAAAAAAAUUGGAAUCAAAAAUAUCAAGACUUUGUGAUGCUGGAUUUGUAUACAUAGGUAAUGGACAAAAUGAUCAAAUGUUAUGUUAUUGCUGCAGUCAAGGUUUGAAAGAUUGGGAUGAUGAAGACAACCCAUGGGUAGAACACGUACGUUGGUCUCCUAGCUGUACUCAUGUAUUGUUAUGUAAGGGACAGUUAUUUAUCCAAAAUAAUAAAAUAACGAAAUAAGACUACUAUUAUUUGUUAUUCUUAUAUAGUAUUGUAGUUUGAAAAAUAAAUAAAGCUUUUUAAUAUUGUAUCUUGUGUGUUAUAUGAAACUGUAUAAAAGAUACAGUGUGUAAUAAAUAAAAAUAUCAAUUUUCGAUUUAGUAAAAAACAUAAUAUACUACUAAAUUUAUAAUUUGUAUAAUAUAAGAGGGUUUUUGUAUUCACAAACGUUCAAAUCUACAAAAAAAAAAAACAGACACGUGUGACUUUAUCAGCUUUAUUGUGUUCGAAUUAUGUGUAUAUGUGUAUUUAUUUUCUUACUUAAAUGAAAAUUAACAAAAAUAUUGCUAAUCUCGCUUGUUUUUUCUUUUACACUCAAACCCUUACAUCCAGUAAAUAUUCUAUACGUUUUUUAUCGUUAAAAUACGUUUUACUUUGCUAUCUACAACAUUGUGUAAAAUAAACAAUAAUAUCCAUGUAAGCUAUUUAGUGAUCCCCACUAGUAAGAUAUUGAA